AUGGCCUCCUCUCUCUCCUCCUAUUCGCUUUUGGUGCUUUCCUUUUCGAAGGCGUCAAAGUCGUUCGGUGGAAGAAGGAGGAGGAGGAGCAAAAGAAGCACCAAUCAUCAUCCGUUGACAAAGAUUUCAGCGGAUGCAUCAUCAUCCGCGCAUUCAAACAACACGAACGAGGAGGACGAUUCAGAGGACGAGUUUUUCGAUGAAAACAACGACGACGAGAAGAAGAAGAAGAGCUUCUUUUUUUCGACGACGACGACGAUCGAGUCGACGAGAGGGAGACGGCGGAGGAGUCGAGCAGCGAAUACGAGUAAUAACAUGAACAACAAUUCGUCCCAAGAAGAAGAAUUAAGUAGCACGAUUAUUAGGAAUAGCGUGAUUAAGAAUAGUAAUAAAUCCUCCUCCUCCUCCCAGUCCUCCGCGUUCGAACUCGCCGGUGGAUUCUUAUACGUUCGGAAUUUCUUCGAAAAAGAAGAUUUUGAGAAGAUUGCGCGAGCGUGCGACGAUUUGAGGAAACAUUUGAAGGAAGAAAAAAGAGUGUGCGCAAACUCUCGGUUAGGCGUGAUGGUGCCGGAGGAAGACGUGGUGCAUCAAAUGUGCUGCUCGGAAUUCGCAGCGGAGAAGUUGAGAGAGUUGGUUUUGUCGGAUGAAGAGAAGUUAGAUGCGAACAAGCGAAACGCGUUGAAACCGUCGGAUGUGCCGGUGGAGUAUAGGAUAUAUCCGUUUGGCGGGAGCAUGGAUUGGCAUCGAGACGUGGCGUUGUAUACCGAGCCGCAGUUUGAGAUUGUGUGUACAAUUCACAACAGCUCGGAUUCGAGAACGGAGUGGAAAGAUGUGGACACCGGAAGGAGACGAGGGAUUCGAUCGGAACCGAAUUCGGUGUUGAUUGUUCAAGCGGAUUCCGUCGUGCAUCGAGUCACGCCGAUUACUAAAGGAGAAAGAAGCAUCGUCAAGUUUGCGUAUUCCACGACGAACGAGAAAACGGUAGAUUACUACGAUAACUUGUUGACGUACAACGACGAUUACGAACCGACAGAAGGAAGUAACGGUAAAAGAGCGGCGACGACGAGCUCUUCGAGUAGUAGUACUAGCGAAAACUUUCCUUCGCCGCACUAA